GUCUAUAAAAACUCGCUAGGUAACAUUUGGACUUUGAACCGUCCCGUCUAUUACAUCAACAGUUCUUACAAAGAUGGCGUCCUUUAUUCGUUUGGCCAAGACAUCAUUCCUUCUUCGUAAUACGCUGCCAGCAACUUGUACGGAGUGUGUAAGAUUUCUUGGAACUCAGCCAGCCCCCUUACGGGGUAGGUCGGCCCUAGUGACCGGGUCUACCAGCGGUAUCGGGCUGGGGAUAGCUCGGGCUCUGGCUGCCAGCGGAUGUGACGUCAUCUACACCGGCUUUGCAGACGACAAGGUCUUAGCUGAGCUUCAGGAAGACUUCCGAAAAUACACCAGUGUGAAGGCCACUUACCUCCCAGCGGAUCUUACAAAACCUACAGAUAUAGAAACAUUAUGUACGGAGGCAGGAAAACACUGUACGGGCGGGGUGGACAUUGUAGUCAACAACGCAGGAUUUCAGCACACUUCCCCAAUCGACUCGUUUCCCCUAGCAACGUGGGACGCCAUGAUGGCCGCCAUGUUGACUGCUCCGUUUCUCAUAAUUAAGCACCUUCUUCCAGCCAUGAAGACAAAAGGAUGGGGAAGGAUCAUUAAUAUAUCUUCGGCACACGGGCUGGUAGCGUCCGUGGAGAAAUGUGCGUACGUGUCAGCGAAACAUGGUGUCAAUGGACUGACAAAGGUCGUUGCCUUGGAAACGGCAGGAAGCGGGGUCACGUGUAACGCCGUGUGUCCCGGAUGGGUGCUAACACCACUUGUUGAAAACCAAAUCCGAAAACUAAUGAAAGACCAUAACAUGGAUUGGAAAGACGCUAAGACCAUGCUGCUGUCAAGAAAGCAGCCUUCUCAUGGCUUCGUCACUCCUGAACAGAUCGGAAAUAUGGUCAACUUUCUUUGCUCGGAAGCAGCCAAUCAGAUGACAGGAUCCGUACUCUCCAUUGACGGGGGAUGGACAGCGCAGUGAAACGUCUUCUGUCAUUGGUCUACAAAUAUGCUACUGUUCAAGAUAAUCAUGACAUAUGUACAUGUAUAAAGAAAAAUGUAUCUCAAAAUAUUGCAACAAACACAUAUUGCAACAAACAUGCUGUACCCCGAACAACGUAAAAAAAUAUAUUGAGGUCAAAGAAUGCAGUUAGGCCACAGCUCUCAUUAAUUUUUGCCGAAUUUGGAAGAAAAAAAUCCCCCAUCGAGAUCGGAAACAUGACGAAAAUUAGCAUAGAGGAAAAAUAUAUCAAAUCUGAAUAAAGAAAUGCAGUCCUAACUAUUAUAUGAUUUUGAUUGUUUUCAAAUACAAGGCCACAUUGGUUUAAUUAUAAAUGACAUACUCUGGGAACACCAAAACCAAUGUGGGACAGAUAAAAAGGAAGUUAAGAAAAAAGUUGCAUUCAUUAUUAAAUCUACGUAGCCAAGAAGAUUGAAAAUAUGACUGAGCACACGGAGUAUGGUAUACCGAAGAAUAGAUUUUAUUUUUAUUUUUGUUCGUUUCAAUUCUUCUCCUUUAAUCUUUGCAUUGACCAUAUCCUUCUAUGACAUUAAAGUACGUUUUCAAUAUUC